GCUGUUUUGAAAUUUUAGACUCGCGGAGUAAAUAUGGCCGAAAGCAAGCACUUAAAAGACUAGAAAUUGUUGAGUCUAAGUCAGUUGUUGAGUGGCCGUGAAUCAUGAACUUCGUCAUAGGAAAAGAUAAGCUGCAACCAGCGAGCAUGGAGACGAAGCAGCAUGUAAUGCUGCGGCUCCUGGACCACAUCCUGCAGCCGUCGGUGUUCGAGGACAUCAGGAGCGUCGCCAACUCCUGGAAGCUGGAGCAGAACCAGCAGGCCUUCUUGAAACCAGACGUAGUGGAUUGCUUCUUGGAACUUUACCAAGCCGGCAUGUUGCCGCGCGCUGAAGUUUUCGUGGAUUCCAACUCCAAACACGUCCAAGAAGCCAUUAAGGUCUUCCAUCUCUUCUACUACGCUAAAGACUGGGACGUGUUCAUCAGCGUCGCUUGCUGGCUUCGCGAACGCAUCAACCCAGGAAUGUUCGUCUACGCCAUCACAGCUUCCUUCUUCCACCACCCUGAGCGCCGUGGAGUCGCCUUCCCUGCUCCCUACGAGAUCUACCCCUACCUCUUCAUAAACUCCGACGUAAUUAACAGAGCUUUCAUGCUGAAGAUGACGAAUGCUCAAGUCGAGACUUCCUUCGCCGAUUACUGGAAGAUUAAAACCGAAAAAAACGUCGUCUCUAUCGAUUCGCGUACUACUCUUCGUCAUGUGCUCUCUGUAGAUGACGUCCUGAGCUAUUUCACGGAGGACAUCGAUUUGAACACUUACAUGUUCUACUUGCAUAUGCUUUACCCUUACUGGCUCACUGGCGAGGGUUAUGGCGUUGAGAAGGAGCGAAGAGGCGAGAUGGUUAUGUACACGUGCCAGCAGCUGUUGGCUCGCUUGAGGCUCGAACGGCUUUCCCACGGUAUGAGGGAUAUUCAGCCCAUCUGCUGGGAUGAACCUCUGAAGACCGGUUACUGGCCGAAGAUCCAGCUGCACACUGGGGUCGAGAUGCCGACCCGGUCCAAUGACACUAAGAUCGUCCACGAAUACACUGUGAAGACGAAGGAAGCUGUCGAAGAUUUUGAGAAGCUACUGCGUUUAGCUGUCAUUAAGGGGCAAUACGAACUGCACGACGGUACCAUCGUACCAUUGAGAAAGCCCCAGGACGUGGAGCACCUCGGCCGCUUGCUGUGGACGUUGCAGAACCCGGGCAGCGCCUACUUCACCAACCUGUCCAAAAACCUGCUGACCUACGCCACAUACAACGUUAACAAGCACACCUACGUUCCAACGGCCACUGACAUGUAUUCCACCUCUCUGCGUGAUCCCGCUUUCUGGAGAGUCUUGAAACGCAAGCUUGAAGUCUUCCAGCUCUUCAAAAAGCAGUUGCCGAAAUACACGCUUGAAGAGCUCGACUUCCCUGGCGUGAAGGUCGAAAGUGUAUCCACCACAGAGCUGGUAACCUUUAUCGAUACGUACGACAUGGACAUCACUAACGCAGUGUACUUAAACGAGACUGAAGUUCGUAACAAGAAGUCCGAUUUGCUAUUCGUUGCGCGUCAGAAGCGAUUAAACAACCACCCCUUCAAGGUCACCAUCAAUGUGUCUUCGGUUAAACCUGUGGACGCUGUUGUCAGGGUAUUCCUUGGUCCUAAAUACGACGUCCUGGGCCGCAUUACUGACAUCAACGACAAGCGCCUGGACAUGAUCGAGAUCGACACUUUCUUGUGCAAGCUGAAGUCCGGAAAGAACUCGAUCGUGCGCAACUCCGCUGAAUUCCAAGGUGUGAUUGAGGAUAGGCCUUGGACUCGUCCUAUGUGGGAUGCUUCUGUGAAGGAAAAGAUUGGGAAGAUCGAUGAGAAUUGGUGGUGGAAGGCUCGCGUUGGUUUUCCUCGUCGCCUGCUCUUGCCGUUGGGAACUACUGGCGGCAUGGAGCUCCAGCUCUUCGUGGUUGUUACACCAGUUCACACUGGUUACAACUUGCCUAUGGUGGACAUGCACGUGAUAAACGAGCGCCACUACGGUCGCUGGAGCGCCGGUUUCGACGAGCUGCCCCUCGGCUUCCCGUUCGACCGCGUCAUCGACACCACUCAGUUCUUCACCCACAACAUGAAGUGCGUCGACGUGCUGGUGUACCACAAGGAGGCGGAGGUGCCUAAGGAUUGGGAAGCGUCCUGCGAACGUCGUGAUGACCUGUCUGUGUUGGACAAGGACCUGUUUGUUUAGAUUGCACAUUCGAUUUUGCUAAAAUAUAUAACGUUUUGACUGAAAUGUC